GCCGACGAUGUGGCCAGCUGGUUCGCAAUGCCCCCUAAAGGAUCUUUGCCCAAUCUGGAAGUGCUCCUCAUAUUAGUUCCACUACGCAAGCCAUAUAUAAACUAUAUCCUUGACAAGAUUUCUACUGGAAAGCUCAAAACGUUGUGGUUUGGAACGCGCUGGGAUGCUCUUUGGAUGCGCGGACAUGUGCCAGCUCUCUCUCACCUGACUGAAUUCCGUUCUCUAGAGGAGAUACUAUUCCUGCCAUGCAGUGGCGAUGAGUUUACCAUGAUAUUUGACCUGGCAGAAGCGCCUCGUUUAGCUCGCGUCCACUUUCUUAUCGAAAUCGACAUCGAUGCUACGGGUCAGAUAGCCAAGAGAUGCGGAGCACUCAUAAAGACUCUACAAACAGUUUCGUGGGCUAAUCAGAUAACCAUAGGCUUGGAGCGAGAUACCGAGGGGAAAAUCACCCUUAUGGAAUCCAGGGCUUAUGAAGAACCAGCUUGGCUCGAAUUCGGGACUGCAGCAAGUGGAUGGCGAGGAAAGGAAUAAGUUUCCAAUAAUAUCCUACUACGAUACAUCGGCCUAGUGUAGAACACCUUUGUUAUGUGUAGCAGCUUGCAUGUUACAAAUCAUUGCAAUAGUAAGACGUUUGAACCCAAUUUUACGUUUAAACCGAUUCCGACUCAAUCCUCAUAGAUAUAACGAUGGGCUAGCAGUCUGUCUGUCAGUUGCCGUUGAAUGAGUGUGCGAUCCGCAUACCAUCUCCGUUCCUCCAUUGCACUCGCAUCUAGAUUUAAGUCUCAGCUGAGAGUCACCGUUCGGUUCCAAAAACUGAGAGC